GCCUCCUCCAAGCCCCGAAUCCUGGUGCAAGACAAGGAUGGUACAUCACCUCCCGUCCUUCAUGCUUAUAUUUGGACAUGCUCGACGGUAUACUGCCCAUCCAAGAUUCGUUCUGUUGCCCACCGGUUCAGUCAGGAACACCCCCUUCCAUUAUCAGCUGCCACCACCUUGAGAAUUACCGGCGCCUUUCCGCGAUCCCGGGUUAUUGCCACCUUGUGGCACCAACUCUCGAGAUGGAUGGCACCGUGCUACCUCAGUUUCCAAAACUUAGCCUCCAUGUGAGCAGGGACAACGUUGAUCCCAAUGAAAUCGUCACAGCGUGGCUCUCCAAGCUGCAAAUAUGUUUCGAAGAGCGCAAGUUUGCCAGCCUUUCGGAGUCCUUCCUCACGGACUGCUGGUGGCGAGACAUGCUGGGACUGUCAUGGGAUAUCACCACCAAGAGGGGCUUCGAGAACAUUAGCACGUAUCUGCAUGACUCCGAUGUCGUCAUGACCGAUCUUAAGCCUUCAUCCGGAGGGUUGAAGCCAUUCCUUGUCGAAUGGUCUGGAGACUUUUGGGUGCAGUCGGCUUUUUCUUUCCAAACGAAAUUUGGUAAAGGCCAUGGUGUCUUGAAACUGGUGAACGAGCCCAGCGGAGAGUGGAAAGUAUGGACCGUAUACACGGAGCUAGUUCAGCUUCACUUCCAGGAAGAAUUAGAGACACGAAGGAUUCGAGGGGGCGCGCCCUUAUUGCAUGACCGCCAGGCCAACGGCGACAAAGUUGAGCCAUCAGUUGUCAUCGUUGGCGCAGGCCAAGCCGGCAUAUCGUUGGCCGCUCGCCUUCAUGCCAUGGGGAUUAGAACCCGCGUCGUCGACAGGUGGGCGCGUGUCGGCGAUUCCUGGAGAAAGCGAUACGAAACCAUCAUGCUCAAUACGCCGACCUUCACUGACCACUAUCCGUUCAUGAAGUAUCCUGACAAUUGGCCCGAAUGGCUCAAUCGGGAUCAGACCGCCGAUUUCCUGGAGCACUACUCGCAAAUCAUGGGCCUUGAUGUGCAGCUCAAUACUGCGGUCACGUCCGUGAGAAGGGUUGGGUCAAAAUACGAAGUUCGAGUUAAUGGCCCGCACGGAGAAGAUGUCCUCUACCCAGACCACGUCGUGCUUGCCACCGGAAACUACAGCGACGUUCCCAUCACUCCUAGCUUCAAGAACCAGGGGGCGUUCAAAGGUAUCAUCUACCAUUCAAUCGCGCAUCAGUCGGCCCGAAACGUGCCCGAUGUCAAGACCCAGAGAGUCGUCGUUAUUGGGAGCAGCACCAGCGGACACGAUAUUGCCCAGGACUUUGUGCGCUGUGGCGCGCAAGAAGUGUCCAUGGUUCAGCGCAACCCCAUUUUCUGCCUGUCUAGGGAUACGUGGAGGAACCUCCAGCUCGGCCUGUGGAACACACCAGGUCUGACAACUGAAGAGGCGGAUCUGCUCGGAAACUCUAUCCCUAUCGCUCUCAUUCGCUCCAUGAGCAUUGGCCUGACGCGUAAGAUGGCCAAGGCCGAUCGAGAGAUGCUCGCCGGACUUAGGAAGGCUGGACUUGCCAUCCGUACCGGUGAGGACGGAUAUGGACUCGCAGACCAUCAGCUUAUCACUGGAGGGCAUUAUUACAUCGAUCAGGGAGCCUGCCAGAUGAUCAUCGAUGGGCGCAUCAAGGUCCAUCAGUGCGAGGGAGGUGUGCAAGAGCUCGGGGAGCGAUCUGUCAUAUUGGCAGACGGGACAAGCAUAGCCGCAGACGUGAUUGUUUUUGCGACCGGCUACGAGAGGAAUAUCUUGACGGUGCGAAAGCUUAUGGGAGACGACGUUGCGGACAAACUUGAAGGCUUUGGGUCGUUCGAUCACGAGCAAGAGAGAAAGGGCUGGUGGAGGCCGACGGGGAUACCUGGCUUCUGGUUCAUGACGGGCAGCUUUUCAUGGUGCCGACAAUUUUCUCGGACGCUGGCAUUACAGAUCGCCCAUGCUAUCAAGGGAGGGGACAUGCCCCUGAGCAAUGGGAAUGGGCAUGUAGACUAGAGCCUGAUUUCCAAAAAGCUACAUGUCCGGCCGUGGCAUCUCACAUACGAUGGUUUGUGGGUAGGAUCGUGGGAGUUCGUGACGGCCCUGAAUGGGCAUGUAGAUCGCAUCGCUUCAUUGGUGGGGAACUGCUUGUCGUCGGCGUUUUUCGGAAUCAGUCGGGGUUCCGACAUGUAAUGUGAUACCCACACACCAACCUCUCGGUGGUCAUUUGUGGGUGGGGCUGAUUGAUUAGAUGCAUCUGAUUAAAGUCCGCGGCGCAGCAACUGGAAC